GGCUUGGAUUCAGUACCUCCCCUAUGUGCUGCCUUACUCCAUCAUCACAUCCCUGAACGUGAGCGGUGUAGCUGAGGAGCACUUCUUUAAAACCCGACACUUCGCUGGAGUUGCUUCCGCGCGUCUGAGAGUCUGUGGGAGGGGAGAAGCAUUCCCCAAAAUCUCUUCUAACGAUGGAGACCCGUCUGGUUGUAUUCCCUGGCUCCCACUUUACUCUUUCUACCUGGCUAAUUCUUUCCUCCUGGUAUGUUUUUCCAAAUGUAAAGGCAGAUAUAAGUUGCGCGCCAUGUAUGUCGCCAAUGCAAGUGAACUACGCAGGGGAUGAGCAUCUGCGUGACCCGCCUGAUUCUGGGAAAUAUCCGAGAGAGGAUCAAAAGAAACCCAAGCUGAUCACAGUUCUUUACCCGAAUAUUGGAGUACCCACUGCACGAGAGGUGGAUGGUUUUCCAGGGAUCGCGCCGGAACUGGAAAGAAACGCAGAGGAGAUAAACUCCCGCGCGCCUUUGGGGAACUUCACCGAGUCCGCUUUAGACGAAGAAUUGUUUUCGGAUGAAUAUGUGAAAAGUGAAUCCGAAUUGGAACCCGAGGACGCCGCAUUAGGGAGAGUCAAAAGAAGCGUGCCUGAGUUUCUGCAGAGCGCUGAUGCCCGCUCGGAGGAGCAGAGAAAGACCUCCGGUCUGCGGGUGGACGGACAGAGUAAACGCGCCGAAGUUCGCUGGAACAGGGACGAUGAGCACGAUUCCAGACCAGACGAACCCAAACUGACCAGCAGCACUUUUGCUCUGGCUGGAGACUCCGCGCACAACCACGCAGUCGUGUACUGGACUGGAAAAAACAGCAGUGUGAUUCUGAUUCUCACCAAGCUGUAUGACUUUCACCUUGGCAGUGUAACGGAAAGCACUUUAUGGAGAUCAACGGAUUAUGGCAGCACUUAUGAGAGGCUGAAUGAUAAAGUGGGAGUCAAGACUGUUUUGAGUUACCUCUAUGUCUGCCCCACCAACAAGAGAAAGAUAAUGGUGUUGACUGACCCAGAGUUUGAAAGCAGCGUUCUCAUCAGCACGGAUGAAGGUGCCAGUUAUCAGAAGUACCGCUUGAACUUCUUUGUUUUAAGUCUUCUUUUCCAUCACACUCAAGAGGACUGGGCUUUGGCUUACAGUCACGAUCAGAAGCUGUAUAGCUCAUUUGACUUUGGCCGAAAGUGGCAGCUGGUUCACGAGCGAGUGACUCCGAAUCGCUUCUACUGGUCUGUAACCGGUUUGGACAAGGAGUUAGAUCUGGUGCACAUGGAGGCCCACACUCCUGAUGGCCAUUGUCAGUAUGUGACAUGCAGAGCUCAAGCCUGCUCUGAAUCCAGUAGGACAUAUCCAUUUUCUGGUUAUAUUGAGACCAACUCACUUGUGGUUCAAGAUGAAUACGUGUUUGUUCAGGUGACGACCACUGGCAGAGCGAGCUACUAUGUGUCCUAUCAAAGAGAACCUUUUGUACGCAUUAAAAUCCCCAAAUACUCCCUGCCCAAGGACAUGCAUAUUGUGAGCACAGAUCAAGGUCAGGUUUUCACCGCCGUCCAGGAGUGGAACCAGAAUGAUACCUACAACCUGUACAUAUCUGACACGCGUGGGGUGUACUUCACCUUGGCUUUGGAGAACGUCAGGACCAGCCGUGGGCUCGGAGGCAACAGCAUGAUCGACCUUUACGAGGUAGCAGGGAUUGAAGGUAUGCUCAUUGCUAAUAGGAAGGUGGAGAACCAGGUGAAGACGUACAUUACUUACAACAAGGGCCGAGACUGGAGGCUUUUGCAGGCGCCCACUACUGACCUGGCAGGAAAUCCCAUUCAUUGUGUGCUGCCGUUUUGCUCGCUGCACCUACAACUGCAGAUGUCAGAGAACCCAUACCUCUCAGGCUCCAUCUCCACCAAGAGCUCUGCACCAGGAGUCAUCGUGGCUACAGGAAAUAUUGGCUCUGAGCUGUCUUAUAAUAAUGUGGCGAUGUUCAUUUCAUCAGAUGCAGGCAAUAACUGGAGACAGGUAUGGCUGGUUCACACUGUGUGGUUUUUGGACAAAGGUGGAGCUUUGGUUGCCGUGAAGCAGCCCACUGUGCCCACUAGACAUCUUUGGAUCAGCUUUGAUGAAGGUCGUCAGUGGACGCGUCACAGUUUCUCAGCAAUGCCGCUGUUCGUGGACGGUGUUCUGGUGGAGGCAGGUGCAGAAAAUCAGAUCAUGACGUUUUUCGGACACUUUAGUCAUCGUUCUGAAUGGCAGCUAAUCAAAAUUGACUACAAGUCCAUAUUCACCAGACGGUGCACAGAGGGAGACUACCAAACUUGGCACCUACAUAACCAGGGUGAGCCAUGCAUAAUGGGUCAAAAGCAGAUCUACAUGAAGCGUCGUCCAGGAAACUACUGCAUGGUUGGAUGGGACAACUCCAGGAUCCUGUCUGCAGAACCCUGCAUUUGCAGAGCACACGACUUUGAAUGUGAUUAUGGAUUUGAGAGAAGAGGGGAUGGAAACUGUUUGCCUGCAUUUUGGUUCAACCCUUCCACAUUGUCUCGAAGCUGCAGCCAAGGGCAAAACUACCUCAACAGCACAGGGUAUCGUAAAGUGGUAGCGAAUAACUGCACAAAAGGAGUGAAGGAAAUGUACACAGCCAGGAAACAGCAGUGUCCGAAUCGCCCCCCGCGAGGUUUAGUCCUGACGACCCAUGAUGACAAACUCACAGCCAACAUGGGCAGCAAUGUGACCUUCCUGGUGCGGCUAGAAGAGGGUGACUCUAUGAGGACAAACAUUCAGCUUUGUGUGUGUGUGUGUGUGUGUGUGUGUGUUUGUGUUUCAGGCCCUGUGGAGCAUAUUCAGCUGCUGGCUCCAUAUGUGGUCAUUAAGAAUAAGGAGGUGAACUUGACGGCAGUGGUCUGGCCUUCUCAUUUCAGAACGCUCACCUAUUUCUGGUGGCUGGGGAACAACACGGAGGUACAAGCAGCUCCUAAUUACAGAUUUUCUGCCUCGCUUUGUUGGGCGAAGGUCAUUGUUAAGUUGUAGUGAGGAGACUCUAUACUACAGGACACCAGAAGCAUCGCCAUACAAGAAUUCUUCAAAUCGCUUCUUUUAUCUUUCUCUCCUAAUCUGGACGAGGCCAACCCCGACAUCCCGGAGUGGAGACAGGAUGUGGGUCGGGUAAUUCAGAAGGCUGUUCUACAAGUCGCUGACAUUCCAGAAGAGCAGCUGCUAGUGGCCGUGUUUCCUGGCAUUCCGACUGCCGCCGAACUCUUCCUGCUUCCUCCUCCCAGGAACCAAUCAGAUGGCAGGAAACGGACCGAGGAGGAUCUGGAUCAGAUCUCUGAAAUCUUGGUCAAUGCAUUGAAUCAGAUCUCUGUGGAGUUCGAGUUGAAACCUGGCUCCCGGGUCAUCGUUUAUAUCACGCAAUUAACUUUAGCUCCACUGGUUGACUCCAUCCCGAGACACAGCAGUUCUGCUAUGCUGAUGCUUCUGUCUGUGGUGUUUUUGGGUUUAGCUGUAUUUCUCAUCUACAAAUUUAAGAGAAAAAUCCCUUGGAUUAACAUUUAUGCAGAGGUGAACCAUGAGAAAGAGCAGGAGAUGAUCAGCACAGUUGGCCAGAAUGACGCCACACCAAAAAUCACCCUGAGUUAGUUCUCGGCCCAGAAAGAACUGAUGGAGAAAGAGCUGGAGGCCCGUGCCAAACGCAGUGUGAUCAACACCUGCGAAAGCACAAGGGAGAUCCCGAACUGCACGAGUGUCUGAAAACAUCAAGAAAGAAGGCGGAGGCGUAUUGUAAUAAUGUGUACAGAGGUAUCACAAUUUUAAAGGUUGACAGUUUUCCUUUUUGCUUUUUUUGUAAUUUCAAAACACUGUCAUUGUUCAUAGUUUUCUAAGGAGCUCAGAUUUGCAUGGGUGUCUUGUUUGUUAUGAUCUGCGUGGAAAAUGAGAAUAGAUUGAACUACUGUACAAGUCACUGAAAACAUGCUUGGUUGAGAAAUUACCAAUUUACCAACAUUUGAAAUUCCAAAAAAAAAUGUUGUUCUGUAAGGGUAAUGGAAAAUUGGUGGCAAAGCCACUUGCCUGGUGCAUUUUUGAAUUAUAUUUGUCAGUUUAUCAGUUUGACAUGGUUUGGGGGAAAAAAAAAGUGGCACUUAGUAAAUCACAAACUUCUGAUUUUUUUUGGGUCAGAACUUAUGUAUGCCAAGUUCGUUUAACUAUUCAAAUUGAUUUUUCACACAUUGUGAAGAGUGAAUUCAUUUAGUGUCUGUAUUAACUUAAUUUUUCAGUAGGUCAUGUCAUUUUUAUAUUUGUUAUAACUUGAACUGAGGGAACAAAAUUGCAGCUGAAGCAUGCAAAAAAAGCCAACAGUGUUUAUAUCCCUCUCUAUAUUACAGCUUAGCCUUCUUCAUGUAAGCAAUCCUGCUCUGCAAUCUUCUAAAUUGGUGGUUGUUGAUACAUUUUAACUUUUAAUAACACAUUUAUCUCAUUUAUCAAGCCUUUGUCUAAAGGCGACGAGAUAUGGACUAAAAUGUGAAUUUUUCAGUCAUGAUGUGGGAUACCUUUCCAAAAGCACUGUGAUAACAUGUCAAUUUGAAGGCAAGCUUUUUAUACCUCUAUAAAGCAGGAAUAUAACUAUUAAGAAUCAUGUCUCUAUAGUAAAGCUUUUUUUUGGAGCUGGAAUUUAGUUAAAAGUCCAUGAAAUAUCAAACGUUGAGAAUGUUUUGUGGAAUAAAUCUCUUGAUAUACAACCAUAGACACAAUAGAGCUUGAUAUCUUUCUGGAAAAAGUUAGAAAACUUAACUUGAAUCUAACAUACCUUCAGAUAAAUGUAAUUUAUUGGAAGCUCCUCAAAUAUAUACCAUCCAUCUGCAUUCCGAGUUUUUUUUUUUUGUUUUGUAGAUAAAUGGCUUACGGAAUAAUUUUCCUUCACAAGUGAAUGCCUUACAAGUAAGAAUGCCUUCUGAAUAAUGUGUAUUGAUCAUUUAGAAUUGAAAAUUAAUUUAUAACAAAGAUAACAGCCUUUU